AUGAUGUUCACCAAGACUCUCGGCCUUGCCGCUCUCUUCUCCACCAUUGCCUCGGCUCUGCCCCAGGACAUGGUCCGCCGCUCAGGCAUGGUCCGCCGUGACGGCGGCGGUGUCACGAUCACCAACAACCUCGCCCAGGACGUCUACGCCUGGUCCGUUGCCGGCGACGUCGGCCCCAUGCAGACUAUCACUAGCGGGGGUGGCACCUACUCCGAGACCUGGCGCACCAACCCCAACGGUGGUGGCAUCUCUAUCAAGCUGGCCCUCGAUCCCGAGCAGAACGACGUUCUCCAGUUCGAGUACACCGAGGCCGGUGACACCAUCUUCUGGGAUAUGUCUUGCAUCGAUAUGCAGGCUGGCAACAACAAGUUCACGGACUUUGGCUUCUCUGUCAUCCCUUCUGGUGAAAGUUCCACUUGCCCCACGGCCAUUUGCAAGGCUGGUGACACUGCUUGCUCUGCCGCUUACCUCAAGCCCACUGAUGACCAUGCCACCCACGGCUGCCCCAUCGACACUGCUCUUGACUUGACUCUUGGCCUGUCCUAG